AUGGAUCAGGCGGCCUACAUUGCCAUUCUCUCCCUAGUCUUGCUCUUCCUCCUACACCGUGUCCAUGGUUUUGCCAGUCGCAACCUCAAGAACAAGAGCAUGCGGCUGCCGCCGAGCCCUCCCGGCGCCAUCCCCUUCCUCGGCCACCUCCACCUCAUCAAGAAGCCAUUCCACGCCACGCUGUCCCGCCUCGCCCAGCGCCACGGGCCGGUCUUCACCCUGCGCCUCGGCUGCCGCGACGCUGUGGUCGUGACAUCCCCGGCGUGCGCCAGGGAGUGCUUCACGGAGCACGACGUGACCUUCGCCAACCGCUCGCUGCUCCCCUCGCAGAGGCUCGUGACCUUCGACGGCGCCGCGCUCGGCACCGCCAAGCUACGGGCAGCACUGGCGCAACCUCCGCCGCAUCGCCGUGGUGCAGCUCCUCUCGGCGCGCCGCGUCGGCUGCAUGUCGGGCGUCAUCUGCGGCGAGAAGCCAGAAGGGACGCGUUUCUGCGGCGGCUGAUCGACUCAGAGAGGCGGAGGAUGAGCGACGGCGUCUACAGCGAGAAAAAGAGCCUGAUCGCCGUGCUGCUCACCCUGCAGAAGCUAGAGCCGGAGGUUUACACUGACACCAUGAUCACGGCUUUUUGCUCGAACCUAUUCGGAGCUGGAACAGAGACGACCUCGACCACAGUCGAAUGGGCGAUGUCGCUGCUGCUGAACAAUCCAGGUACACUCGAAAAGGCACGAGCUGAGAUCGACGCGGCCGUGGGGCGCUCCCGCUUGAUCAACGCGGGCGACCUGCCACGUCUCGGCUACCUCAGGUGCAUCAACGCCGAGACGCUCCGCCUGUACCCGGCCGCGCCGCUGCUGCUCCCGCACAAGUCGUCCGCGGACUGCAAGGUCGUCGGCUACGACGUCCCGCGCGGCACGGCGCUGCUGGUGAACGUGUACGACAUCCACAGGGACAAGGCUGUGUGGGAGGAGCCGGGCAGGUUCGUGCCGGAGCGGUUCGAGGGCAGGAAAGCCGAGGGGCUGUUCGUGGCGCCGUUCGGGAUGGGGCGGCGCAAGUGUCCCGGAGAGGCGCUUGCGCUGCAGACGGUUGGGGUGGCGCUGGGGUCCCUGUCCCUGAUCCAGUGCUUCCACUGGAGCAGAGUCGACGGCGUGGAGGUUGACAUGAGCGAGGGCAGCGGACUCACCAUGCUCAUGUAUGACGUUCUUCAGAAGCUCUGA